GUUUUCCUCCCCCGCCAUCUGCUGGUCUGGAUCCUCCCUGGCUGACUCGUAGGCCGUGAACCUGACCCCUUCUCUUCAUAUCCGGACCUUGGCUCUUCCCUCCAAGACCGCCCAUCGGCCUCUUCUCCCCCAGUACUUGGAAUCUGACCCAUUCUCCAUAGCUCCGCUGAUCCGGUCCCCAACAACCCAUAUUCAGACGCUAAAACAAUGGGCUGAUUCCUGUCCCCGUGCCAAGGAUCUAGGCUACCUCCCCAACUGUAACGAGGAUAACUUAUUCCCGUCCUAGAAUUGCAAAACAGGCUCAUUUCCCCACCAUCUGCCCUUUCCCGGCCAUACCCCAGUCUAACCUCUUUUUACAAUAACACAGGUCUGGGCUCCCAGACCCAUGGCACCUUAGAACCGACCCUUUUCUUUCUCUCCUGGCUCCUCCAGCGAACCCUCCGCAUGCUCUCUAUCUACAGGUCCCCAGCCUGGGAAAAGAUGGCCCCUCGACCCCCGAGGGGCCUGGUCCCAGCUCUGCUCUGGGGUCUGAGCCUCUUCUUCAGUCUCCCAGGCCCAGUUUGGCUCCAGCCCUCUCCACCUCCCCAGUCUUCUCCCCGAACUGAGCCCCACCCGUGUCAUACGUGCCGGGGAUUGGUCGACAGCUUUAACAAGGGUCUGGAGAGAACCAUUCGGGACAACUUUGGAGGUGGAAACACUGCCUGGGAGGAAGAGAAGUUGUCUAAAUACAAAGACAGUGAGACCCGCCUGGUAGAGGUGCUUGAGAGCGUGUGCAGCAAGUCAGACUUUGAGUGCCACCGCCUGCUGGAGCUGAGUGAGGAGCUGGUGGAGAGCUGGUGGUUUCACAAGCAGCAGGAAGCCCCAGACCUCUUCCAAUGGCUCUGCUCAGAUUCCCUGAAGCUCUGCUGCCCCUCAGGCACCUUCGGGCCCUCCUGCCUUCCAUGUCCUGGGGGUGCAGAGAAGCCCUGCGGUGGCUAUGGGCAGUGUGAAGGGGAAGGGACUCGAGGGGGCAGCGGGUACUGCGACUGCCGAGCCGGCUAUGGGGGUGAGGCCUGUGGCCAGUGCGGCCUCGGCUACUUUGAGGUGGAGCGCAACGCCAGCCAUCUGGUAUGUUCGGCUUGUUUUGGCCCCUGUGCCCGCUGCUCGGGACCUGAGGAAUCAAAUUGUUUACAGUGCAAGAAGGGUUGGGCCCUGCAUCACCUCAAGUGUGUAGAUAUCGAUGAGUGUGGCACAGAGCGAGCCAGCUGUAGAGCUGACCAAUUCUGCGUGAACACAGAGGGCUCCUAUGAGUGCCGAGACUGUGCCAAGGCUUGUCUGGGCUGCAUGGGGGCAGGGCCGGGCCGCUGUAAGAAGUGUAGCCCUGGCUACCAGCAGGUGGGCUCCAAGUGUCUCGAUGUGGACGAGUGUGAGACAGAGGUGUGUCCAGGAGAGAAUGAGCAGUGCGAGAACACAGAGGGCAGUUACCGCUGCGUCUGUGCGGAGGGCUACAAACAGAUUGAGAACAUCUGUGUGAAGGAGCAGAUCCCAGAGUCAGCAGGCUUCUUCUCGGAGAUGACGGAGGACGAGCUGGUGGUGCUGCAGCAGAUGUUCUUCGGUGUCAUCAUCUGUGCACUGGCCACGCUGGCUGCCAAAGGCGACUUGGUCUUCACCGCCAUCUUCAUUGGGGCUGUGGCAGCCAUGACUGGCUACUGGUUGUCAGAGCGCAGUGACCGUGUGCUGGAAGGCUUCAUCAAGGGCAGAUAGUCUCUGCCACACCUGCAGGAUCUCCUCCUACCCAGGCUGUCCCCAGAGGGCAGGCCUUUCCUACCUGAACACUCAAGGUAGCUUGCUUUAUUUUUGAGAGGGGGUCAGCACCCCCUACCUACCGGCGGAGGUGAGGCCCCUGGGUGAGGAAGCAGCCCUGAAGGUGGAUGCCAUGAGUUCUUGACUUUGGGGGGACUGGGCAAGCUUCACAUUGUGUGUGGAUUUUAAAAGAAAAGUGUCUCCUUAUGGUGGCUGCUAGUGAGCUUUGGCCCCUGCCUGGAUGAGGGGGGUACCUGCAGGGGUGAGCCCAUCACAGCCUCCUCUUGCCAGCUGCAUGCUGCCAGCUCCUAUUCCGUGUUUACCCUCCACCCCUCAGCCACUGAUUUAUUUAUUCAUCUCAGGAAAUAAAGGUCUUGGAAAAAGGA